AAAUCCAACGAACAAACGAACUGUAGUGUAAAAGGGACGUUGAACGAACGCUGUGGUGUUUUUGGUGGUGGUGCAUUUGUCGUGUAUGUGAGUGUGUGUGUGUGUUUGCGUGGUGUAUGUGGGGGCGGGGUGUGGGUGGAAAGUGUUAUCGCCAUUUGCUCGCUAUCGCCCACAAAAUAGCCAGCAGCGGCAACUUGCUCCAAAUUUCAUGAGCAUGCGCAGUGCGUUGAACAUUUGCUCAUUCGUUCCCAAACAGGAUAUUUUAUUAUACUGAAAUUCAUACCCAUACACUCGCAUACAUACACUCACACACAUAGAGAGAUGUGCGUGCUGCGCUGCGCUCUGUUAACGUAGGAGUAGCGCAGGAAAUUCGCAUAUUCAGGCCAAAAGCGUUGCGCUCGUAGUAAAACGCGGCUCAUAAGCAAAAGCUCCGCACUGCCAUUCGGACGCAUCGCAUUCCGUUGCCGUUGCCAUUGCCUGUUCACACUCACUCACACACACACACAGUCUCACUCACUUACAUUUCUAUUCGUACACACACACUCACGCAUACUCUCGCAGUCAGCAGUAGCAGAAGCAGCAGCAUGUAUGCUCGUACAUACAUACUUGCAUUCACAUAUACACGCGCAAAAAUCAAUUAAACGCAGCGAAAGAAAGAAAAAAAUACGCAGAGAAUCGGUAAAAGUUAAAAAAGGAUUUUUGUGGGCUUAUCGCGUACAAUCGCGCUCUAUAUUUCGCCCCCGUCGUGAUUUGUGAUUGCUCCCCAACCGAAGUCAAUAAAUUGUAGUAAUAAUAAUGUUGUUUCAAUUGACUGUGAAAUGUGUGAAAGCAAAAGCUCACAAGUUACGCAAAAAAUGCAGCAGCGUCGCAGUCGCAACAAAAGCAGCCGCAGUCGCAACAGCAGCAACAGCAACAGCAGCAGCAACGAGCAGCAGCAAAAUGUGAAACGGAAACGAGCCAACGAGCAGUGCUAAAGUGCAAGGAUAAAAGGAUGCGUCGUCGUACCAUUGACCACCGAACCAGCAAUUUGUCAUUAACGCCUAAGCCAACUGCAGCAGCAACAGCAACAACAACAACAACAACUGUGGCAGCAAGUGCAACAUAACCCCCAACCAAAAAAAAAAAAAAAGAAAAAAAAAACAACAAAAGAGAAACAAAAAACAGCCUCGCCAACUGCACCAACUGCCAUCAAAGCUGCUGUCACCUGCCGGCAUCCCUGACGUUUGCCCCAAAUUGUUCCAAUUCGCGUUGCUGCAAAUUUGUGAUUUCUCGCUGGGGAACCUUUGGCAACGUCAAGCAUCAUCCAGAUAUAUGUAACAGGCAGUAAAUCCUUCAGCACCAGUUGUUAACCAGCAAAACAGGACAGCACCCUAUACGAGCAACGAAUAAAUCGAACUUGCAUUUUUUUUAUACAACGCUAAAUGCUAAAACAAAAAUCUUUUGUAAACAUUAAGAGACGAUAAAACUUUACAACAUUGUUAAAUGUCAAGCGGGAGACGUCACUUGGCGCAUCAUUGGUCGAGACUUCAGCGAGGGCCACAAAUGACCCAACUGUAGCAGCAGAAGAAACCAUUUUUCCCAAAAGGAUCCCCACUCAUAAAUGCAGUGGAAGAAGAAGUUUACUCGAUUGAAAGCAGCUACUGGAAAUUCGCGUGUGCGAAGAAUGCUUUGUUGUGGACGUAGAAAGGAGAAUGGAAGAUCAGUUCCUGAUGUUACUGCCAGUCCGGGCCGUGCUCCGCCCGGUCCGCUGCCCGCCAAUCAGCUGUCCGGCUUGGGCAACCAGCAGCAGCAUCAUCUUGCCAACCAGCAGCAGCAGCAGCAACACCAACAGCAGCAGCAGCAUCAUGGCAACCAGCAACAGAAUCGCAAUCAAAGCGGCAACUCAAAUGCCACCGGCGGUGGCAAGGAUCCCGUGUUGCUGCAAGGCGACUUUCGCAAGGUCAGCGGCAUCAGUUCGGAGAUCUUUCGUCAGAUAGAAGCCGUUGAGAACGAUCAUGACCCGAAUACGGCGGCUGCACUCGAGGCCGUCGAGCGACGCGGCGAGAUGAUUGUGCGCAUCCUGGAGCCACGCUCCAUGGGCAGUAAACACGCUGUCGAUGCCGCCCACAAGCUGAUGAACAAGGCCGAUGGCCGGCAUACCGUGCAGCUGGUCGAGAUCGUUAAACGGCCCGGCCAAACCUUAGGUCUCUAUAUACGCGAGGGCAACGGCGCCGAUCGCACCGAUGGCGUCUUCAUAUCCCGCAUUGCGCUCGAGUCGGCGGUCUACAACAGCGGCUGCCUUAGGGUGGGCGACGAAAUCCUGGCCGUCAAUUUGGUUGAUGUCACACACAUGUCGCUCGAUGAUGUCGUCAUCAUCAUGUCAAUUCCUCGACGCCUGGUGCUGGCCAUACGACAGCGGCGUGGCAAUCGUGGAGCCGGUUCACCGGGACCGCCAACGUUGUCGCGACCGGAGCAGAAGCCCCCGCCGGUGGUCGUGAUUAAGCGUGAUCUGCGAGACGAGGAUCUGGAUGAGACGGAUCGAAUGCCGCGCCCGCGUUCAUCACGUGAAAGACGAGAUGGCCGCGAGAUGACCGAAUCACGUUCGAGACUAGGCCUGGGGCUGAACAACUACAGUCCGCAGUCGGAGCAGUUGGACAUGUACUAUAACACGCGAGCCGGCGUCAAUGCCAUGGGUGAGCCACCCAAUUGGGGAUACAAACCGCCGCCGCCGCCCUCGCAAUCGGUCAUCACGGAGCAGCCCACCAAGGGACAUGCGUUUGCCCCGUCGCACGCCUACUAUCAGAAUGCCGGCACACUGGAGAGUCUCGCCGAGAAGGUGCACGCCUUCUACCCAGGAGCACCGGGUCAACCGGUGGGUCCAUCGCGUCGCAUGUCCACGGGCACGGGCAACGUGGGCUUGGCCCAGCAGCAUGCGCGCUUCCCGCGCUCCGGUUCCGAUCAGCACUUGCCACGCGUCGAGUAUGCGGACUAUUCGAACUCGCUGGGUCGCCACUCGCUGCUGCGUUCUAGCCUGAAGCCAGGCACUGGCGCACCCAUGCCUGUGGGCGUGGGCGGCACCUUGGGUCGCUACGGACGCUACGAGCAACAGCGUGGCGUGGUGCCCAAAUACGGACCGCCAGCUGCGGGCGCACAGUCGCUGACGCGACGAUCGCGUCCGAAUCUGGACUACUCCAGCGACACGGAGGCCACGAUUGGCCCUCGGCCCAGUUACUACUAUUAUAAUCGCCCCGCCAUUGGCAGCAUGCCGCGUGGCGCAAGUGGCGUGAGCAGCGGUGCAGCUGCUGCGGCGGCUGCUAUGCUGGCCGGUGGCGCCGAUCUCAACAAGUUCAACUCACUGCCCAGGGAGCGUCCGGGCGUGCGCUUGCAGGGCAUCAGAUCGAGGCUGGGCGAUCGCCUGAUCGAUGAGAACGAUGGCAACAUUUCGGCGCCGGAGUUUGAUGCGCGUCGAGGCCGCGAUUUGCGGCAACGCAUCAAUGCCAGUCCUGGGCCCUCGAUCUUCACGGCGGACGAGUAUCGCGCUUGGCUGCGACGAGCGCCGAGCAGCUCGGCGAUUGCGGAACAGAUGCGCAUGACUCGGGAUAUGUUCGCUCAGCCGCGUCCGCAUCGCUUCUCCUGCAGCGCCGAGAACAUCCACGACGCACUUAGAAAUACCGAGAGCAUUUACUCAAGCAGAACUGGCAUACUUGGCGCCGGCACCCUGGACCGCAAUCUCGGCCUGACGCGACCCAUUUCCGCCUUGCCCGUGCGUUCGAUGUCCUCGCAGCACAUUGGCGGCGCUGGUUCCAUACGCUCGCCAAGCAUACGACGCAUGCGUCAGCUGCUGGAGCUGUCCGCGGGUCCCGCUAGUCCCAGUGGCAGCAUCAUGAGCACCGCUGGCCAUCAGAGUCCGGCGCCCACACCGAGCGCCACUUUGCCGCGUCCGCAUCGUCAGAUCGACAUCAAUCCGGCUGAGUUUGCCAAAUACAAGCUGGACAAACCGAUUGUGGACAUUGGCGGCAUCUCCGGCAUGCUCUGGAUACACUUGCUCGCCGGUCGCGGACUACGAACAGCGCCAGACAUGGGUGCACAACAUGCAGGCGCCGGAGUGCCAGUGGCACCGACACAGACACGUGAUCUCUACUGUGUGAUUGAAUGCGAUCGCGUGCACAAAGCUCGAACGGUGGUGCGAUCGGGAGAUCUGCAGUUCGACUGGGAUGAGUCCUUCGAACUGGAUCUAGUGGGCAACAAGCAGCUGGAUGUGCUCGUCUACUCCUGGGAUCCACAGCACAGGCACAAGCUGUGCUAUCGCGGCGCCAUCUCAUUGUCCGCGGUACUGCGACAGUCGCCCUUGCAUCAGCUGGCGCUGAAAGUGGAACCGCGUGGCACGAUCUACAUACGCAUGCGGCACACGGAUCCGCUGGCGCUCUACAAGCGACGAGGACUGCCCAGCUUACGGGCAGGUUACCCAACACUAUUCGGUGCAGAUCUUGAAUCGGUGGUCAACAGGGAGUCGAAGGGUGCGCCGGGUUGUGCGCCAGUGCCGGUGGUGCUGCGACGUUGUGUAGAGGAGGUGGAACGGCGCGGUCUCGAUAUAAUCGGACUGUAUCGUCUGUGCGGCUCGGCGACCAAGAAGCGUCUGCUGCGGGAGGCCUUCGAGCGCAACAGUCGUGCCGUGGAAUUGAGCCCGGAACACGUUCCUGAUAUUAAUGUUAUAACCGGUGUGCUCAAGGACUAUCUCAGGGAGCUGCCCGAGCCGCUGUUCACGCGUUGUCUCUUCCAGAUGACAGUCGAUGCAUUGGCUGUUUGCCUGCCAGAUGAUCCCGAGGGCAAUGCGAAACUGAUGCUUAGCAUACUCGACUGUCUGCCUAGGGCGAAUAGGGCCACCCUUGUGUUCCUGCUUGAUCAUCUGUCGCUGGUGGUAUCCAAUUCGGAGCGCAACAAGAUGUCCGCUCAGGCGCUGGCCACUGUGAUGGGUCCACCGCUGAUGCUGCAUUCGGCGAGUGCGCAGCCGGGCGCUGACAUCGAUCACGCCCAGCCGAUAGCGGUGCUCAAGUAUCUGCUGCAGAUCUGGCCGCAGCCACAGACGCAGACGCAGCAUCAGCAGCUGGCACAGCACAGCGGCAUGGUCGGUGGCAUGGCCAAUGCCAGCAGCAUGAGCAAUAUGGCGGGUGUUGCUUCAGGUCGGCGCGGCGAGUCAACAGGGCAGCGUGGAAGCAAAGUCAGUGCGUUGCCAGCGGACAGACAGCAAAUACUACUGCAGCAGCAGCAGCAGCUCAUGGCGGCACAGGGCAACCUACUGCGCUCGUCCACUUCGGUAACCAACAUACUCUCCCAAGGCCAUCAUCAGCUCUCAGCCACAGCCAACAAUCAUCUGUAUCAAUCAGUAGUGGGUCAGUUAGCUCAAUCGCAUCGAGCCUUGCAACAAGCGGUGCAACAGCCCUAUCAAUUGGCGGCCUCAGCGGUCUCAGCAAUUCCCGACCAAUCGCCACUGCCACUUCCAGGCACACCCUCCCCCGGCAGUAGCUCAGCGUCGACGGGCUCCGGUUCGGGCUCGGGUUCCGGCAAGAGCACUGAUACCAUCAAGCGCGGUGCUUCGCCAGCCUCUGUUAAGCAAGUGAAGAUCAUUGACACGCCCAGCCCGUAUUCCAUUGUUCAGAAGAAGCCGCCGCUGCAGAAGGAUGCGCCCAUUGACAUAACCACACCCACUGGCCAGUCAGAGUUGGCAGGUUUAGCUGCAAGCAGCUCAACCAAUCGCAAGGGCGUUGACUUCUAUGAACCGCACAAAUCGAUCUCGAAAUCCGGCGAGGACACAUACAGCUCCAAGUACAACAGCAACAAUAUCAGCAGCAGCUUGGACACCACCAGCAAGAAGAACAACUACACAAACAACAGCAGCAGUUACUCGCAUGGCAAAUCCUCCACAGCUGCCAGCAAUGCCAAUGGCACCGACGACUACAAGGCCAUACGCAACAAGUCGAGUGCCACCUCGAGCAGCAGUUCAUCGCAGGCAACGGUGUUGAGUGCUGGCUCCACAGCCACCUCGGCACCGACCACCUCAUCCGAUGACUCUGACGACUUGGUCUCGUACAAAUCGUCGGCCUCCACAAACGCAUUGCUGGCCCAGUCGCAGGCGAUGACCACUAGCCAACUGAUGUCGAAAUAUUUGAAGCGUGAGCCACGUGUGCAAUUCACGCCCAUCAAGUCACCGGAGUCACCAUCGCCGCCCGGCGGUGGCGAUGGCUUGCCCAAGGGCACCUAUCAACUGGUGACGCCCAGCUCCAGCACCAGCUGCCUGGCCAGCAAGCCGCCGCAGGCGAGCACAGGCGCCAUCAGCAAAUACACGACAUCAGAGACGAGCACCAACAGCAGCUGCAGCAAAUUGUCGUCGCCAUCGCGACUGGCCAAGGAUAGCAAGUCGAGUGGCGGCGGCGCAGUAAGUAGCUCCACCACCAGCUCCUCGUCGCUGGUGUCGAGCGGCAGGCGGCUGUUUGACAGUCUCGCCUCGUCGUCCUCCUCCGAAACGGAGACAAAGACUUACAUUGGCGGCACCACCGUUGCCAGCGGCUCCAGCAGCACCACAACCUACACCACGAACGAGUCUAGAAAUGUAGCCAGCAACAGCAGUAGCAAAUCAACAGGGUCAGCAGCGGGAUCGGGAUCAGAGCACAGAAGUUUUGGUAGUGCACUGUUUGGCAGCAGUGGCCUGGGCAAUGGCAAUGGUCAUGGCCAUGGUCAUGCCAGCAGCAACAACCACAAUAGUCCCUUUGCCAGCACCAAUGGCAAUGGCAGCAGCAGCAGCCACAAUGCCAUGCACUUGUAUGGCACACUGCCCAAGAAUGGUGUUGCCAAUGGCAGCAGCAGCAGCGGCGGCGGCGGCAGUGCCGGUGCCACAUUGUUUGGGGCAAGCAGCUCGGCGAGCUCCUCUUAUCACUCGGGCAGCGGCACUGCGAGCAGCAGUGGCGUUAGCUCCAUGACUGGCUCCACGAAUAGCUAUGACUUCUAUACCAGCGGCAGUUCGAGCAGCCACAGCAGCUCACGGCCAUUGGCCAACGGGGGCAACAACUAUCACACGUUGGGCACGUAUCGGGCGCAAUAUGCGGCCACCAAUCCCUUUCUCGAUGCCUUCGACGAGAAGCCCAGCAAUGGUCAUGCCAGCCAGGACAAGCAUGCAUUGAGCAGCGAGAAGACGGCGGCAGCGACGUCCUCUUCAACUCAUCAGCGUGCCUCCAUGGUGGCGGCCUUUCAAUCGUCGGGCGACUCAAAGAACGGCAGCGAUGAGUACGAUGAUCUCAAGUGAAUGUCCCACAUAGAGCGGAAGUUGCCGAAAAUAGUUUUUGGGGGCAAUGUAGUUACACAGAAAUGCUGAAAGUGUUCUUUUGGAGUAUUUACAGUUUACAAAUUUACAAACAACACACAUAUUUGCAAAAACAAAAAAAUACAAAAAAAAAUAAAAUAAAAUAAAAAUAACUCAAACUAAACAAGCUAAACUUUAAACGAAAAGAAAACAAGCUAUAAUGAAACUGAACAAGAUUAACGAAUUUUGAAGAUCAUAUUAAAUUACGCAUACGCAGAGGCAACGGCUGCAUAAAAUGGCUGCCAAGCUUUAAGUGUCAGUGUGAUUUGUGAGUAUAUUUGUGUGCAUGUGUGUGUGUGUAUGCGUGUUGUGUUCAACAGCUUUGCCUUAGCAGCAUUUACAUAUCUGUUAAGCUCAACAGCUGGCAGCCAUUUUGUUGCUACGAAAAAAUAUAUCAACUACUUAUUAAACUGACAUAAACAUUAACGAACAGUAUUCGAACCAAAAAAAAAAAAACUAACUAAAAACGAAAGCUUAUCCCGAUUAACGA